AUGUAUGAUCAGGCUGUAAACAAGGAGAAACCUACAAUUGAGAAAUCUUGGGAGGAAGUCAUGAAGAAGUUGGAUAUACUGGAUGAUGACUUGGUGAAUGGCUAUAAAGAUGAUAUUGAUACACUCUUGGUUUUUGCUGGAUUAUUUUCUGCAGUUGUUACAGCUUUUACAAUUGAAUCAUACAAAUGGUUACAGGAAGAUCCAGCAGACACCACUUCCAUGCUUCUCAAUACCACUGUCAUGCUCCUCACUCAGAUUGUUCAGCAAAAUACCACCAAUCAACUUCCAAUCCCAUCCCCACCCCCUACUUUCAUUCCCUCGCCCUCAGUUGUCUGA